AUGGAUAGCUCUGCUGGCGGAAACGAGAACUCUCCGCCUUCUCUGGAUCUAGAGAAAUUGCGAGAAGAUUCAGAUGGCUCAAUGUCUGGUAUGGCUACAAACCUUUUCCAACAGGUGGUCCAAGGAAAUCCAUAUUUUGCUGCCGGCGGAGGACUGAUGGUUUUGGGAUCUGGUCUUGCCUUGGCCAGAUCUGGGAUCAUCAGACUGAGCGGUCUUCUGUACCGCCAGCUUUUGGUAGACAUGGAAAUCCCAUCCAAAGAUAAAUCGUACCUAUGGUUCCUGGAAUGGAUGGCUAAACAUCCACAGCGCUCUUCACGCCAUCUUUCGGUAGAGACAAAUUUCAUUCAGCACGACAACGGAUCGGUGUCUACAAAAUUUUCUCUGGUACCAGGACCUGGAAAUCAUCUCAUCAGAUACAAAGGCGCAUUCAUGCUAAUAAAGCGUGAAAGAUCGGGGAAAAUGCUUGAUAUGACCAGUGGUGCGCCUUUUGAGACUGUGACGCUCACCACACUGUAUAGAGAUCGACUCUUGUUCCGUGAUCUGCUGAGUGACGCUAAAAACCUCGCUGUCAAAGCCAAAGAUGGGAAAACCGUGGUUUUUACGUCAUGGGGGUCAGAGUGGAGACCAUUUGGACAGCCUAAGGCUAAGAGGCUUCUCCCUUCGGUUAUUUUGGACAAAGGUAUCAAGGAUGGUAUUAUACACGAUGUCAAUGAGUUUUUACAAAACGGGAAAUGGUACCUGGAUCGUGGUAUUCCUUAUAGAAGAGGCUAUCUACUUUAUGGACCACCAGGAAGCGGUAAAACUAGUUUUAUUCAAGCGCUUGCUGGUGACCUUGAUUAUAACAUUUGCAUUAUGAACCUGUCGGAAGCAAAUCUCACCGAUGAUCGCUUGAAUCAUCUUAUGAACAACAUCCCAGAGCGCAGUAUCUUGCUUUUAGAAGAUAUUGAUGCUGCCUUUAAUAAGAGAACUCAAACCGGCGACCAAGGUUACCAAUCGGGUGUCACUUUCAGCGGUUUGCUAAAUGCACUUGAUGGGGUUGCUUCUUCAGAAGAAACUAUAACUUUCAUGACUACCAAUCACCCAGAGAGACUUGAUCCAGCCAUUAUGAGACCUGGUAGAAUUGAUUACAAAGUGUUUGUUGGAAAUGCUACUCCAUACCAGAUUGGCAGAAUGUUCAUGAAGUUCUACCCUGGCGAGGACAAAUACUGCGAGGAGUUUGUCAAGAAGGCAAGUGCGUUGAACGUGUCGAUAAGUACGGCUCAAUUACAAGGCCUUUUUGUUUUCAACAAAGACGAUCCUGAAUCGUCUCUCAGAAUGGUCGAGACUUUAAAAUCACCAAAUCACGUAUUCUAA